AUGACGGAAUCUUUGAAGAGGACAGAGUAUUACUACGGCAAAGACAACGUCCUGCAAAAUGUCGCCGUCUGGGAGUUCCCAGAAGACAAGAUCGCCGACCCAGCUACAGGCGCACCCAAGCCCUGGCUCAUUUUCAUCCACGGCGGCGCCUGGCGCGACCCCAGGAGCACCUUCAGCGAGGCCGAGCCGACCAUCAACACGCUGCUAGACCCCUCCUCGCAGUGGCACAUCCCGGACGCCCCCUCGCGCGUCGCCGGCUUCGCUUCCAUCAACUACCGCCUCUCGCCCCACCCGUCCUUCAGCCAGGAUACCGCCACCACUCCCUCCUUCGCGACCCGCUCGGCCCGCCACCCGGAUCACCUGGUCGACGUGCUCUCCGGGCUGCGCUUCCUACAGCGGCGGCUGGGCUUCGUCGACGGCGGCUAUGUGCUGUUUGGGCACUCUGCCGGCGCGUUCCUGGCGUACCAGGCACUGCUGGGGCCUGAAUGCCUAACGGGUGGGGGUGAGAGCUCCGGUGUCUCACUUCCGGCUGCGGUGGUUGGGUUCGAGGGGAUCUAUGACCUCGUCGGGCUUGAUGGGCGUAUGGGCGGUGGGUAUGCAGGAUUUAUGGAGGCGGCUUUCGGCACUGACAGAGACGCCUGGCGGCAUGCUAGUCCCGCGACGGCUGGGGGCAACUUCAGGGAUUGGGCGGAUCGGGAAGGCCCCAGGCUGGCUGUGCUGGCGCAAUCGGUGGGUGAUGAGCUGGUCGAUAUGCCUGAGGUAGAGACUAUGGAGCGUAGGCUGAAAGAAGACGGCGUGCAGAAUUUGUUGGUGUUUAAGGAUCUGAAGGGGGGCCAUUUCGAUGUUUUGAAUGAUGGGAGCUUCGCGAGGGUACUGGUCAAGACUCUGGAAGAGCUGGACAGGUUGAAGAGUCUGGAGAAGGGACGUUGA